UCUGCCCUGACCCCCCGUGCGCCCCAUAGGUACCAGUUCAACCCCGCGUUCUUCCAGAGCGCGGUGACGGCGCAGAUCCUGCUCAAGGCGCUCACGAACCUGCCCCACACCGACUUCACCCUCUGCAAGUGCAUGAUCGACGCCGCCCGCCAGGACGAGCGCCCCAUCCGCCAGAUCCUGUACCUGGGGGAGCUGCUGGAGACCUGCCACUUCCAGGCCUUCUGGCAAGCCCUGGAUGAGAACCUGGAGCUGCUGGAUGGCAUCACCGGCUUCGAGGAUUCCGUCCGGAAAUUCAUCUGCCACGUGGUGGGCAUCACCUAUCAGCACAUCGACCGCUGGCUCCUGGCUGAGAUGUUGGGGGACCUCUCGGAGGCCCAGCUCAAGGUGUGGAUGAGCAAGUACGGGUGGUGCGAGGCGGAGCCGGGCCGGGUGCUCAUCUGCAACCAGGAGGAGAGCAUCAAACCCAAGAACAUCGUGGAGAAGAUCGACUUCGACAGUGUCUCCAGCAUCAUGGCGUCGUCCCUGUGAUGGGUCAAUAAA